AUGGGAAACUCAAAUGGCAAAGAUAAAAGUGAAGAAAUAGUUGAUGGUGGUCAACUCGUACCACAUGGCUUAUAUAAAGGACCACAGGAUUGGGAUACCAAAAGUGUUCGUAAAUUCAUUAUAGAACGGAAGUUAGCACCCUUCUAUAAAGGAUUAUCAGACUAUGAUGAUAAUUGGGAUGAUGUCACUCUGACAACGCAUAAUCUCCCAAAAAAUGGUGAGAUAAAAAAAACCAUCACUGCAUUAGGAGCCAAAGAAUUAAAACGAACAGGUACUCUAAACUCGACAGGAACUAAUAAAGGAAAAGAAAUUAAUUCAAUGAAAACAUUAGAAACUCAAUUAUAUAAAGGUGCUGUAGAAUGUCCAAUAUGUUUUUUGAGGCCAGAAAAUGGUACAUUAGGUGCUAAUAAUUCUCCAGCGGUGUGUCCAUUUUGUGUUGAACCUAAUUUUGGUGUAUGUUAUAAGCCACCACCUUUUAGUAAUGGCAUAGGCAGCGAAAAUGUGAACAAUAAUAGUUCACCCUCUUUAUCAUCUACAAAUACUUCAUUCAAUACAUCAUCAUCUGAUUCUAAAUCAAGAAGAAAAAGUGUUAGUCAUAAAGAUCCAGAGGUUGUUACUAGUGACCAAAUUAGGCCAGAUUGGGCAACUCGUGUAGUACUCCAACGUCAACCAUUAACUCCACGAAGACUUCCAAACUUAAAUUCGCCAGGGAAUCCAAGGCGUUUUGUACCUCGUCCUAACCCUCCUACUGGUGCCAUCGUACCACCCUCUGCUUCUACCAAUUCACGACGUAAUUUAACCCCAGAUGCAGAUUAUAGUCGAUACCUUGCAGCCAUGAGAAUGGGAACUGAUUUAGAGGAAUUAAUGGUUAUGGAGGCUAUUAGAUUAAGUUUGGUAGAACAAGAGGUUGCGCAACGAAGAGAACGUGAGGAAAGAGAUAGGUCAAACAAUAAUUCACAAGAAAUUUCAACACCAAUAACGACAGGCACAGAAGAUGAAACAAUAACGAGUACAUCAGCACAAUUAUCACCUCGAGAAGAAAUAAGAUUAAUAAAUAGAAAUGACGAUCAAGAGAUUUCACCACCACCGCCUUUAAUUACCGCCAGUGAAAAUGAUGGUUAG